AUGCGUACACUACUCAAAUGCAAUUUUGCUCCAUAUGGUAAAGAUUUUCCGGGUAAGAUUGCUACUGGAAGAUUUAGCGAUGGAAGAGUUCCAUCUGAAAUCAUAGCUGAAAGGUUAGGAAUCACAAAAACAAUACCAGCAUACCUAGAUCCAACGCUGAAAAAUGAGGAUCUUAUCAAGGGUAUAAAUUUUGCUUCGGGUGGUUCUGGAUAUGAUCCGUUAACAUCUAAAAUAGUGGAGUUAUAUGGACUUGGAGCCCGGAGAAUUGGAGUGUUUAGUGCAGUUCCAGUUGGAUGCGUACCAGCACGCAGAACACUUACUGGAAUAAAAAGAACAUGCUCUGAUAAACUAAACAACAUGGCUCUUCAGUUCAAUGCAAAACUAUCGCCUUCACUGGAGGCAUUAGGAAAAGAGUCGCCAGGCAGCAAAAUUGUAUUUAUUAACGUAUAUGACAUUCUUCUUGACAUGAUUGAAAACCCAAAAAACUAUGACCCACCUGCUGCUCUUUAUUAUGCUGCUGAGACAUGGGUCGAUGCCUUGAAUGGGCGUCCAUACCUCGGUGAGUCAACACCAAACUUGGCUGAUCUCGCAGUGUUUGGUGUCUUGAGGCCAAUAAGGUACCUUCGAUCGGGGAAGUAUAUGGUGGACACCACACACAUAGGCGAAUGGUAUUCUCGAAUGGAGAACACGGUCGGAGAGCCUUCAAGGAUCAAAGAAGAGUAA